GCACUCCGUGACCACGCAGUUCUGCCGUACCCACACUUCACCUUUCGUCGACACUCAUGCUUAACUUCCCACUUUCUCCAGCUCCCAAUCCAAAUCAAAGAAAUCAAAGCCCACAUUCACGCGACGGCAAACCGUAAAAGCUAUCACCACCAUUUCAGCGACCACCGACCUUGAACUCACCAUGGCGUCGCAUACCAACGACAACUUCACCAAUCCAAGCCCCGGCCCUCGUCCCACGUCCUCCAAAUCCACCGAGAGCUACACCAGCAUCUACAGCGAGUUCCUCGAAGACGGCCUCAAUUCCGACGACCUCAAGUACGACGACCUCAAGUACGACGACCUCAAGUCCGACGACCUCAAGUCCGACUCGCCCACCACCAAAUCCGAAAAACACCUCUCCAUUCCCUCCAUGGUCAACGUACCCCUCUCCGACACCCCCCGCGACCUCUGGGCCGACGCCCGCGACCUCAUCCUCGAAUACAACGGGCUCAAAUACCGCAAGGUCAGCUUCGCGCGCGAGCACACCGACUCUGCCUACCAGACGACCCGCCUGCUCGAGCUCAUCGACGCCAUCGGCAUCUGCGAGAAGAACCUCGACCUCGUCGCGACCGCGCUGGGGAUGACGCGCGAAGACAUGAUGGCGGAUCCGCGGGCGAGGGAGUACGGAGAGGCGGUGGGGCCGGCCAAGUUCUGCGCGUGGCUGCUAGUGUUUCUCGCGGUGGCGGCGGUGCUGCCGCCGUUGGUACUGUUUCCCGUGCAUUGGUGGGUGGUGAAGGGGGGGAAUUUGAAUGUGGAGCAUCUCACGUCUUGAGGCC